AUUCGUUUAGAAUGCUCGACAGCGCAAUCAUUCGCAGCUCGUCUACUUAUGUGAUUAAAUUGUGUAUUAGGUAUCAAAAAUACAAGAAACAGAAGACAAAGUUGAAGAGAACACAUCAGUCAUGACUUCUGACAUUAUUUCCAUAUUGUCUUCAGAAAUGCUUUCAAAGCAAUUCGAAGUUUCUAACAAUGCUUGUGAUUGGUCAUUCCAUUAUGGCGUCCUCCUAUUUAGACCAAUCAGAUUCAUCGUUGAAGGGUGCGUUGCGUGAAGUGUGGUGGAGUGCAACAGUCCUCUUCGAAGCUUUGUCCGUUUGACACGUGUCCGCAACAGACCCGUUCGUGUAUGUAAACUGACUGAGUUCCAUCGAAGUAUCGCAGUGAAGUUGGCGCACAAAUAUUCACGCCGCGUCGGUGAGCCGGCCGAUAGCGGAAUUUACCGAAGAAUGCCGAAGCGGUGCCGACCGGUCUUCGUCGGGAAGGUAGGUCUCGCCAUUUCUCUCGCGAACGUCGAAGUGACAAGACGUGUUCAGAGCAUCCUUCUGUAUAAGUAAUAAAUAUUUGAUGGAUAUUGAAAGGACGCCAUGAUAUGGCAGAGACGAUGGACGAGUGGUUCUGCGAUCGCGAGACCCUCAAGUACGAUGAAGCUUGUAUCAAUCUACGAACCGACCACGAAGAUUCCAACGUCUGGCUCUAUUUGCUUUCGACCGAUUGCGCCUUGUGUCCGUAUACCAGAAUCAAGCAAAUUAUAGCGAAUUCUACCUCCAGUGUAAUAAUCGAUACAGUCAGACCUACAACGUUUAGGAUAUUCGAUGCCGUAGAUCCUGAUGAAUUCGUAACUGCUAAAAAUACGAGUAACGUGAUCUGUGAGUUAACACCGAAUUUGGGACAAUUCGGUGUGUACGAGUUGACGGUCCAAAAUCGAAGUUGCGAUAUAAAGGUUUUGAACGAACCAACUUCUCCUUACACAGAAGUUUUCGUUAUUUUGGGAGUUUUGGUGCUCGUUCUGUUUGGCCUGUCCGGUUUGAAGUCAUUAUGGCACGCUUGCAGAAAGAAAUGUACGCGACGUCAGGUGGACGAUACUGCGAUGAGGCAACCUGUGAAACGUCGAGUGAAAGCAAUCGACACUGUUCGGGGGGCUAGCACUCUAUUAAUGAUAUUCGUUAACGAUGGAUCCGGUGGUUAUAGAACUUUGGGCCAUGCCACUUGGAAUGGCUUACUCUUAGGGGAUUUAGUGUUCCCUUGUUUUAUAUGGAUCAUGGGGGUAUGCAUCCCCAUAGCGUUGGGCAGUCAGUUAAAGCGAAUGGUGCCGAAACAUGUCAUACUAUACGGUAUCGUUAAGAGAAGUAUUCUCCUGUUCUUAAUCGGAGUAUCUCUAAACACGGUGAGCACCGGUCCUCAGCUGGAAAACAUCCGGAUAUUCGGUGUUCUUCAACGUUUCGGUGUAACUUACUUCAUGGUUUCUCUGACGUACCUUUUCUUGAUGCUCAAAAGACCAACAAAGUCUCCGAUGUUACGAGAUGUGCAAGAUUUUUUCCUCUUACUACCUCAAUGCUGUGUGAUGGCAGUCAUCGUGGCUGUUCAUUGCAUCGUCACAUUUUGCUUACCUGUUCCUGGCUGUCCCACUGGAUAUCUGGGUCCUGGUGGUCUUCACGAUGAUGCAAAAUAUUUUGACUGCGUUGGAGGAGCAGCCGGUUAUAUCGAUAGAUUGGUACUCAAGGAACAACAUUUACAUCAUUCGAUGACUGUUUAUCAGUCGGGACCAUUUGAUCCAGAAGGGAUUUUGGGUUGUCUCACAUCGACGUUCCACGUUUUCCUCGGUCUACAUGCUGGUAUAAUUAUGAUGUCUUACAAAGACUGGAAAGAACGUGUUGUGAGAUGGUUGGCGUGGGCUGCGUUUUUCGGCUGCAUCGGAUGCGCUCUCCACUUCACCAACGUGAUUCCCGUCAAUAAAAAGUUAUGGUCGCUGUCGUUCGUGUUCGUAACGACAUCCUUCGCUCUCGCUUUCCUCUCCGCCUGUUAUUUGCUCGUGGACGUGCUUAAGGUGUGGAACGGAGGCCCUUUCCGAAUCCCUGGUAUGAACGGUUUGUUGCUGUAUGUUGGCCACAUGACAUGUUAUCAAAAUUUCCCUUUCCAUUGGAGCAUCGGAAGCAUGAACAGUCGAGGUCUACGUUUAUGCGAAGCGAUUUGGGGAGUUGCAUUGUGGACUAUCAUUGCAUACAUUAUGCACAAGAAGCGAACUUACAUCAGUCUUUGAAAUUCUAUUCCUUAUAUAGAAAGUGUAUUUUAUAAAUAAAACAUUGAAAUUGUUAUUCCCUUCCAUACA